CGGGGAGAGUUUUGAAGCUCCGCAGCGCGGCCGAGGAGCUCCGCGCCCCCCGCGCAUCCUGCGCACCCGCGCACCCGCGCACGGAGCCGGCGGGGCACGCGGGCUGCGCAAGACCCCGGGCGGUUGUUGUGACAAGGGCUGCUUUUCCGCAAGACUGCUUUUUCUUACUUUUUUUCUCCCCCCUUUUUUUAAAGUUAUAUAUAUAUUUUUUUUUUAACAGUCCCGUUUUCCUGCGAGAACAGCCCUCCCGCCUCCCGCUCCGCAGCAGCGCCCGCAGCGGGUCACAGGUGUGUAGGCAGGAAUCACAGCCAUAACGAAAGUGGGAAGAGGCCGGCAGAACCCACCCGGCCCCGGCGACCCGAAGGAUGCUGCCGAGGUGCCGCUGCUAGAGGACACACUGGGACUCUGCUCGCCUCUGAGACUCGCUUUGCCCUGCUUUCGCCCUCUCCCUUUUCCGCAGAGCGGUCCCGAACGGGGGUGAGGCCCUUCCACCCUCCUCCUCUUCCUCUUCUCCUCCCUGGCCGCUGGAAGCCCCUCUCCAUGAUGCAGGCUCGCUACUCCGUUUCGGACCCCAACGCUUUGGGAGUGGUGCCGUAUUUAAGCGAACAGAACUACUACCGGACGGCGGGGACGUACGGCGGGAUGGGGAACCCCAUGAGCGUGUACCCGGGCCCUGCAGAGCAGUACGCGGCGGGCAUGGGGCGCUCCUACGGCCCCUAUCACCCCCACCAGCCCACCGCCCCCAAAGACUUGGUGAAGCCGCCCUACAGCUACAUCGCUCUCAUCACCAUGGCCAUCCAGAACGCCCCCGACAAGAAGAUCACGCUCAAUGGGAUUUACCAGUUCAUCAUGGACCGCUUCCCUUUCUACCGAGAGAACAAGCAGGGCUGGCAGAACAGCAUCCGCCACAACCUCUCCCUCAACGAGUGCUUCGUCAAGGUGCCCCGCGACGACAAGAAGCCGGGUAAGGGCAGCUACUGGACCCUGGACCCCGAUUCCUACAACAUGUUCGAAAACGGCAGCUUCCUGCGCCGCAGGAGACGCUUCAAGAAGAAGGAUGUCUCCAAGGAGAAAGAGGAGGCCCGGGAACGGCUGCUGAAGGAGCAGUCUAAGCCCCCCGGGCUGGCCGGCGCCGACCUCCCGAAGGAAGCUUCCUCUUCCUCCUCUUCCUCCUCCUCCUCCUCCGCCUCGGCGCCGGCUUCCGAGAAGAAGGUGGUGAUCAAGAGCGAGACGGCGUCUCCCGAGCUGCCGGUGAUCACCAAAGUGGAGACGCUGAGCCCGGCCAGCGGCGGGGCGCUGCGGGACAGUCCCCGCAGCGCCGGCUCUCCCCCCGCCGCUGCUUCCCCCGGUGCCGCGCUGCCCGAGCAUCACCCUGGCAGCACCGGGCUGCCGGGCUUCACUGUGGAGAGCAUCAUGACCCUGAGGACUUCCCCGGCGGGGGAGCUCGGCCCGGUGAGUGCCGCCCCAGGCCGGGCGGGCACCGCUCUGCCGCUGGGCUACCCACCGGGGCAGCCGUCGGGGUACGGCGCGGCGUGCAGCCAGGCCGCGGACACUAGUGGGAGCUACCACUGCAGCGUGCGCGCUAUGAGCCUCUAUAGCGGGGAGAGGCCGGGCCACAUGUGCGUGCCCCCCGCAGCGCUGGAGGAUGGCCUGGCCGAGCACCCUCCGGGUGCCCCAUCGCCUCUCGGCACCCUCGGCCUGCCGGCAGGGCAAGAAGGAGCGCUGGGGACCGGGCAUCCCCACGGUGGCGGCGGCGGCGGUGGGGGGACAGCGGGAGGGGGGCAGCCCCCUGCUUCCUGGUACCUCAACCAUGGGGCUGAGCUGAGCCACCUGCCUGGGCACACGUUCGGUUCCCAGCAGCAGACGUUUCCCAACGUACGGGAAAUGUUCACUUCGCACCGGCUGGGGAUGGAGAGCGCCUCGCUCAGCGACCACCAGGUGAGCAGCAACUCCGCCUGUCAGAUCCCAUACAGAUCCGCGCCCUCCCUCUACCGCCACGCCGCCCCCUACUCCUACGACUGCACUAAGUACUGAGUAGCCGACACCCCCCGCCUAGGGCCACCCGCCAGAAAGAAAAGUGAAAAAAAUGAUUACUAUUAAUAAUAAUAAUUAAAAAAAGGAGAAAUAAAAAUACACCAAAAACUUCAGAGGCAGGAAAAAAAAAAUCAAAGAAUAAAAAUAAAAUAUGACAUGGGGAUCACAGUCUGUAGGUCACAAGCCCAAUUUCGGGCCUCCUUAUACUGCAGACAAGUAAAUCCUGCUUGAAAAGGGGAUAUCUCCUAAAAAAAAUUUAAAAAGAA